AUGGGACUGGAGCCUUGUUGGCAGGGCUCUACCAGUUCAACAGCCUCUCCUCCAGUGUCCACCCCUGUCACAGGACACAAGCGAAUGGUCAUACCAAACCAACCUCCUCUAACAGCUACCAAAAAGUCUACAUUGAAGCCACAGCCUGCACCCCAGGCUGGACCCAUCCCUGUGACUCCAAUUGGAACACUAAAACCUCAGCCUCAGCCAGUUCCAGCCUCCUACACUACAGCAUCCACUCCUUCAAGACCUACCUUUAAUGUGCAAGUGAAGUCAGCCCAGCCCAGCUCUCAUUACAUGGCUGCUCCUUCAUCAGGACAGUUUUAUGGCCCAGGGCCCCAGGGCUAUAAUACUCAACCAUUUUCUAUCCCUGGACAGUGUCCACCUCCUUCAACACGAGGCGGCAUGGAUUAUACAUAUAUUCCACAACCAGGAAUUCAGCCUGAACCUGGGUAUGGGUAUGCCCCCAACCAAGGACGAUAUUAUGAAGCUUAUUGCCCAGCAGGUCCUGGCUAUGGGGUCAAGAAUGAUCCUGACCCAGCUUAUGGUCAACCAAAUCACCCAAAUACCUGGAAGCGGGAACAAGGAUAUACUCCUUCUGGAAUAGGGAACCAGAACCCUACCGGAAUGUAUCCAGUUGGUGGUCCCAAGAAGACUUAUAUCACAGAUCCUGUUUCAGCACCCUGUGCACCACCACCACAACCAAAGGUAAGAAAUGUGCUCACAUAGGGAAUACAGAAGUGC